GCUAACCUUCCAUCGAACUGAACUUAUCAACUUCUUGGAAUGUUUUAUAAACAAUGUUAGCGGAAACUUCCAAGUGUUCUUAUCACAAAGGACGGAAUAUUUUUGUCUUUACAUCGAUCGAUAGGAUAUUUAAUCUAGUCCUCUUUUCAUCUUCAAUCAUUCGCGACUUUGUCAUUAACCAAGCUAUAUUUAGCUCACAUUUCCUUUCCCGAGUGAUGUAAAAAAUUGUGUACCUAUUUGUAAAAAUGUUGAAGACCCUCAGUUUUAGCUUCGCUCACGACCAUGUGUUCGAAGCAAAUAAGGAAGAAGCUGACUUCGAAACUGCUAUUCACUAUGCACGUUAUGGCAAGUUCCAAAAAUUUCUACUUGGCGUUUGCGGCCUCAUAUAUGCCACUUGCGCCAUCAGUACUACUACUUUAUCCUUCGUUCUGCCGUCUGCAGAAUGCGAUUUUCACUUGUCCUCGAACGAUAAGGGGAAGCUUUCAGCGAUGCCUUUAAUAGGAAUGAUUUUUGGUUGUUGCGUUUGGGGAUUCGUUGCCGAUUCAAAGGGUAGAAGAACAGCAAUUAUGUCGUCUUUACUAGUAGAUUUCCUAGCAGGUUUCAUAUCUGCCUUCUCGCAAACCUUUCCAGUAUUUUUGAUGUGCAGGUUCUUCAGCGGCUUUGGUAUUAUAGGUGCGACCAGUAUUGUCUUCUCCUAUCUAGGAGAAUUUCUCCCCAAUAAAAAACGGGACACAGUCCUAGGAAGACUGGAAUUAUUCUGGAACGUUGGAAUCAUAAUUUUACCAGGUAUCGCUUGGACAUUAUUGAAUAAAACAACGUUCGAUACCUUCUCUAUGUUGAAUUUUUACAACCCUUGGAGGAUCUUCGUACUCAUUUGUUGUCUCCCAAGUCUCCUGAGUUGCGUGUGCUUGUAUUUCUUGCCAGAAACGCCUAAAUACCUCAUAUCGAAGAGACGCUACCAGAAUGCAAUCAUGGUAUUUCAAAGGGUGUAUAGGAUCAACACAAAUAAACCGCUCAGUUCUUUUCCAGUAACAUCUUUGUCUGGCGAAGGAAACAACAAUGAGAAGAGUAUGGAAUAUGACAGCAAUUCGAAUUACUUCGAACGUUUAAGGGAAAACAUCGUCAGUGGGUUCGAGGAUCUCAAAGAACUGUCCACGCAGCCUUAUCUCAAGUACUUGGGAAUAACAGCCAUCUCCGAUUUUGGACUCAUGGCAAGUUACUACACACUCAUCAUGUGGUUCCCCGAAAUUUUCGAACGUUUCAAUAAUUUCGAAAAUUCGCAUGGCGGUCAAAAGGCUGGUAUAUGCGAAGUCUCUCAAAUAGGUGCCUAUAACGAAACACUGAGUUAUUCAGAGAGAGUAUGCGAACCCGCUGUUAACAACAGGGUGUUCAUCGAGACUAUUAUUAUAGGAUUGAGUUGCAUACCAUCCUCCAUAUCUUUGAGUUUCUUUAUGGCGAAACUCGGCAAGAAAUAUGUCUUAGUGACGAGUUUGUUUUUGGCCGGAUUAUCAACGAUGGCACUCAACUGGGUGUCCAGCUCAGAAGAAACGCUCGUAUUGUCGGCUAUUUUCGAAGCCCUCACCAGUAUUUUGGAAACUGUCCUCUUCUGCGUGGUCGUAGAGCUCUUUCCUACAAAUUUGAGGGCGCCAGCAUUGGCGAUAACUGCAACAGCUGGCAGAAUAGGAGCUAUUUUUGGGAAUUUGGUGUUUGGUGCUCUGAUUGAUAUUCAGUGCAGCGUACCAAUAUACCUCUUCGGAGCACUUCUAGUGGGGAGUGGUAUACUGACUUUGGGAAUUCCACAAUCUGAAACAUAUUUUGUGCUUCACUAGUUCAAGUUUCCUUCAUUUCCUAGGGAAAUAGAGGAUUAUUAUGACUGAUAUUCAGUUAUAAAUUAUUACUUUUAUUAUUAUGUUCAUUGGAACUAUAAAUAUCUAAUAUGUAUUUUCUUUUAUUGGAAUAUAACUUAUUUAUCUUA